ACACAGUCCAUUAAACAUGUAUUUCUUAUCUAGGAUAGACCGCUUUAAACUACCGAGAAGCUGUCAGUCUGACGGAGGUAGGUUUCGUUAUAUGUGAGGCUGAGUGAUUGGUAAAUGGAGUCCUUCCAAGAAGCGAUGCUACCCACUUGUCUCCGACUAGAACUUGUUUGGGUGUUUGUAGCAUAGACUGUAUAGAACAGGUUUGUAGUCAAUUAUAUUUGAUCGCUGAGCAAAUCAAUCAGCAGCGGAGGUGAAGAAAGCGAUUGAGUAAGCUCAUCUGUCAUAUAGGCUCAUCCCAGCUUAUCUGUGUUGUGAGCUCAGGCAGACCGCCCCUUCACCCACCUCAAGAUGCACAUGAAUAACUUAUUAAACCAGUGCAUGGAGAUCUCUAAGAUGUGUGAGGUGGACAUUUCGUCUGAGUCCACCAGCCCGACGCUGUAUAGAGAGUCUUCUGAUACAUACUGCCAUGUGGACCGCUGGCAGAGGCUACGCACAGCCGUCCGCAAGCUAGAAUUCUGGGAGAACUUCACACAUGAGCUGAUUGGCAGUGGCUUCUUCUCAAAAGUUUACAAGGUAAUCCACAAUACCACACUGAAGGUGAUGGUAGUAAAGAUCUAUAAGAAUGAUGUUGAUCAAGACAGCAUUGUACGAGAAAUCAGCCUUCUGCAGAAACUCUCACACCCCAACAUAGUGAGGUAUCUGGGUAUUUGUGUCAAAGAGGACAAGUUGUACCCAAUUCUGGAGUAUGUUAGUGGAGGAUGUUUAGAGGAGCUGUUGGCCAGGAAAGAUGUGCCUCUAUGCUGGAGGGAGAAAGUAGACCUGGCGUCAGACAUCACCAGAGGAAUGAUUUACCUCCACUACAAGAACAUCUACCACAGAGAUCUGAACUCUAAGAACUGUCUAAUAAGGGUGACAGCGAGAGGCAGAGAAGCUUUGGUCACUGAUUUUGGUUUGGCUCGAGAGGUGGUUGAACUUCCUGCAAAGGACCGAAAGCUUUCACUUGUGGGCUCUGCUUUCUGGAUGGCCCCUGAGAUGCUGCGCGGGGAGCCAUACGACCGCAAGGUGGAUGUGUUCUCUUUUGGAAUUGUUUUGUGUGAAAUUCUGGCUAGGGUCCCAGCAGACCCAGAAAUCCUUCCAAGAACACAGGACUAUGGCCUGGACGUGUCAGCAUUCAGGAAAAUGGUCAGUGGGUGUCCUCAGCGUCUUUUGGAGCUGGCAGCCAGCUGCUGUCUGAUAGAGGCUUUCCGAAGACCCUCUUUCGCUGAGCUUCAAGACGAGCUAGGUGAAAUUGCUGAGACUUUGGCAUGUCUUCACAAUGAUCUCACCACAGGCUGAUCUGCGGCACACCCUCGUGUAUCCCAUCAGCCCUGCAAUUGGGGCUUUCUGGGAAACAACCAAAUACUAUUUUUGUAGAUUUCAGUAUAUCGAUACUUGAUUAAAUUAAAUUGUACAAGAGAAAGCCAUUUAUUUUGGUACCAGCUGCCCAAAUAAGAAAGUGCAUUUGUAUUGCUGACUUUUUAGAAAAGUGACAUAUUUGUAAAAUGAAGAGUACUUUGAGUACUUUACUUAGUUUGAAAGCAUCUGAUGCAUAAGCAAGUACUCACUUGUGGUUUGGUCUCCACUCUGAGCUGAAGACUCGGUAGCUACUAGUGUUUGUGAAACCUUAUAAUUUUUCUCUUUAACAUCAAAACAAAACAAAGAUUUCAUGUUUUAACACUUUUAGUUUACUUGUUUGCCAUGGGUUGUGAAUUUCGAUACUCACACAUGUCUCAGAAGCGUGAGCUGGCACCGGUCCGACUCCAAUAAAGUGACAACAAACUAUUUCUCUGGACACAUUAUGGUCAUAAUGGCUGAAUAAGAAAUUUGAGAUUAAAUAUUUUUAAGACCAUCCAGCUGUAGUAUUAUUUACAAAUUAGAUGACGAACACUCAGUAAUCUUUAAAUAUUUCUAACCAUUUCAAAUUCAAAACUUGGCACUGUUGAUAUGUAUGUGUUCAUACUUUUUUCUUGGUAAUUGUGUUUUAAUAAGUACUGCUUAGCUGUUAUUUAAAUGUUUAAUCAUCAUAUUUUCAAAGCCUUCUAAACGUCAUUCAAGUUAACUUUAACAAAAUCUAUAUUCUGUGCCUCAAAGCGGAAGCUCGAGAAUCUUGUGGCGAGAAGUGUCACGCUAAACUCAUGUUUCUGAAAAAGGCCAGAUGUCUGUAAACCUUUCUGUGGUUUGUAGUGUUUUUGUAAUACUGUACAUGAUAUAAAAAGCAGGAAGGAAGCAUAUGUGAAUGGUGUGUAUUAUUUUUUUCAAAUAAAGCCAUUGAAAAUCUA